CUUCGUCGUCCUGUUUGUUGAAUGAAUGUAUGUUCGGAAAAGACUACUAUUCAUACCUUCUCUUUCCUUGGUGUGGAACUAUUCUAUACACAAUCGAUUAUAUAGGAAAUAUCUUUGUGGUUCACUUAAGGUAACCAAACAGUCGGCUUGUUUUGUUUCUUGGAAAGCUAUUUCGACUUUACCACCUCCAAAAACUUGGAAUGAAAGAUACCAGUGGAUAUGGAAAAAAGAUGAAAAUCGAAAGAGAAAAGAAUAUCAAAGAUAUUGUUCUCAAUGGUCUUGGCCUAUAGUGAAAGCAAUUCUUGGAAAGUGUAUCUUAUCAGCCGUGAUGAGUAUUAUUCUAGUGAUCUGCAUCUUCCGUUGUCCUCAUAGUAGUAUGACAAAUAACUCAUCUUCUCCCUAUCCGAGAGUUGUUCUACCAACUACAUAUUUCUCUACACCCCUUUUCAAAGUUUCUUUGAUUCCUGGUAGAUCGCUUGCAACUUGGACGAUGGGGAUAUUAGGUUUCCUAUUUCUGUCCUUGUUUAUGAUCCAAGACUAUUUGAUUUACAAACCUUCUAAAGAAUGGAGAGGAUUUCCUGAAGAUUUUGGUCUAUCAUUCUAUGACAAUGUUAGUUUGAAGACAAAGGAUGGUCUCACCAUUCAUGGAUGGUUUAUCAAACAACACGAUGACUAUCAAAAUGCUCCUACGAUGAUCUAUUUUCAUGGUGCUGAUAAGAAUCACAGUUUUCGAUUGAUUAAAGCAUUUGGAUAUUAUGUAACCAUGCGUUGUAAUAUCUUGUUGAUGUCUUAUAGAGGUUUUGGUCCUAAUGAAGGACAACCAACGGAAGCCGGAUUAUGCUUAGAUGCCGAAGCCAUGAUGGAAUAUCUCAUACAAAAUAGAAAGGAUUUACGUCGUUCCUUUAUCCUUUAUGGUGAAUCGUUGGGUGGUGCUGUUGCUAUCUAUUUAGCUGAAAAGUUUCAAAACUAUUUGGAUUGUUUGAUCGUGGAAAACACAUUUACUUCUCUUACGGAUAUGAUGGAAGGGUUACAUCUCAUUAUGGCACCUUUGAAAUGGUUUUCCCAAAACAAAUGGCCAUCUUUACAAAGAAUAAGAAAUAUUCGAAUUCCUAUAUUGUUUCUUUCAGGAUUAAGAGAUGGCUUUGUACCUCCAAGGAUGAUGAAGACGUUGUAUGAUGAAGCUAAAGCAACAAACCUGAAAAAGUUUGUAUCUUUUGUACACGGAACACAUAAUAGGACAUGGAUUAUGGAAGGAUAUUAUGAAGCAUGGAAAGCAUUUUUAGAUGAGGUUUUCUCAUCCACCCAUGUGUGACUUUUUUCAAGGAAGGAUUGGAAUAGUCUUGUAUAGUUGAUUAUCACGCAUGUAUCACUCCU